AUGUUGCUGGUUUCUGCAGAAAAUCGGGGAUGCGUUUCCCGGACCGUCGGCGGCGGGCCUGCCGCUGGAAGUUCGAUGGGCUGCGUGGCCAUCGAUCUGCCUGCUGGAGAGCUGGUCAGGGACACGAUGCAGCUGGAGGCGGGAGCCAAGGCCACCCGGCAGGUCUUGCUGCGGAAGGGUGAGCACGUCAGUUGGGUCUGUACUGUUGAAAGUUCUUUAACGCUGGACUUCAUGGUGAAGCUUUCUUCAAGGAGGCCACAGGAGGUUCGCUGCGCCGACCGGCCCGUGAGACUCCUCGGUGUCGACAAGUGCCGCAUGGUGAAGGACCGCGAGCGUGGCUCUGUUUUUCAAGGCUACCUGGACCUCUUUGGCGAACAUGCCGACUGUGUGAAGCAAUCAGAUACCUGUGAACCUGUUGCGACUCUGUAUUUCGAGAUGGACAACGGCUUCAGCUUCUUCACUGCCAAGGACAUCGUCCUGCAAGUCUCGAAGCAAACGCUGCGAACUACACAGGCACAUCAGACAGACGCCAGCGUGCCAGUGCCAGGUCCUGCCAGUUCGGAAGACAGCAUGGAACCGGUGCAGAGCGAACCUGCUGCUUCCGCCAGUGCAUCGACCUCCCAAAGCCGACCAUGCUCUCUUCUGACGCAGCGCUCGGGAGACCUUCGCUUCGGCCGCUUGCAAACUCUUUUGAAGGACGCCAUCCGCCUAUGUCCAGCAGAUGCCAGCGCGGCACUGGAGCACCUUCUCGCAGCGCAGGCUAGGCUCCAAGAAUAUGCUCAGCAAGCCGCUGAGGACGACUUGGGCCCCUUGAGUCCUCUGAGGAGAAGAAGACCGGAGAGGAGCGCAAGGAGGCAUGCCCCACGCAGUAAGGUCAACUCGAGUCCGAUGAAGGCGGAGGAGACCAGAGAUGAUUUGGCAACUGUUGCUGGCCCUAUUUCAACUCAUCUCAAGGGCCUUGCAGACCGCAGAGGCUGUGUUUGUCUCGGUGUUAGGACUGUGCCGUGCAUAGAGCACUGUUUCGUUCUCUGCAGGUCUGAUCUAGACAACAAGCCUGAGGAGCCACACUUCGGGCAAGAAGCCCUCCUUUCGGAGAUGGAGAAGGCAUCCAUUGCCAUCCAGGUGGAUGGGGCACUGAGCUCAGGCAGAGUGGCACCAGACCCUUGCUUGCAAACUGAGCAAGAGAGGCACGAAGACGGCUGCCGGACCCUCACGAGGGCAGGCGAUCAUCGCUUGGCGCUUCCACUGCCGCCGCAAUCUUUGAAUGCCUUUGACGAUGCAUUCAAUCUUCUUGAUGGUGGGAUGGGAGUUGCUGUCAGCGCUGCAAUGGCUCGGCGUGCAGCACUCUAUGGCCGUGGAGAGCAGACCUUGGGUGGAGAUUGCCGUGCGGUGCUUGCAUCGGCCUUCAGAGAGUUCUCCAGUUGGCUGGAGCUCAACUUGGUGGAAGCAGGGAUGGAGCUCGUGGUAGUGGGGUUCCAAUGCUUGAUGGCGGUGAAUGUCACACGAGCUGCGAAAUCUGGAAGAUCUGCUCGCGAAAGUGCCGGCCAUUGCGGCGGCGGCGGUUCAGGUUGGGCUCAUCGGCGUUCUGUGCUCCAUGUCGGCCUGGAGCCUGCCGGCCCAGGCUGCAAAGCACCUUCUCGCCGAGCUGGGCCCCGCCACGUAGCCGGAGAAGAGGAUGCCUUCAAGGCGGUGAUGACCGACGACAAAGACCCGUACCUGGUAGCCAAAGCUCUUUGCCGCCUUGACAGACCGGCUCGCCGCUCAUGGAGGGAAAAUCGAAUGAUGAAGGCCGAGAUGCGAAAGGAGGGGGGCUCCUUCGUCCAGGGCAGCGACGGAGCCGGGAACAACGUGGCGGAGCUCGAGGACGUGGAGCAGUUGGAGAAGAUCUCAAAGUGUCGAGGAGUCCUGCAGAUGGUGGUGCUCACAGUGGACAUACCGCCCACUGCUGUGCUGAGCACCGGGUUCAUGGACUUUUAUGGGCACGACUAUCGACUUGUCCGCCAAGGAAAAUUUGAGGUCCCUUCUCAGCUUAGAGAAAAGUUCGGACUGCCUGAGGGAGUGCCAGUCCGUGUGCAGCCAGAGCGCAAGACAAUUCGUUUUGAGCUAGCAGACGUCGAUGUGCAGUUCGACUUCCACCCCUGCGUUGAACCAGUGGACAUCAUGGCCAGAGCCAAGAACAAGGCGAAGGUCAAGGCGAUGCCGCGCCAGACGGAAGGACCCAUUCCGCAAGAGGAGUGGGACGAGGUGAAUCCCAACUCCGUGGACCUCGGCAGACAUGGUGGCUUAACCGGUGGGCCUGCCCCCGUCAGCCAUGCUAUUUGCUAUUGGAUGCUGCCGAUGGACCGGACAUUCCACAAGGAUGGCCGGGUGUUGGACAAGAGGGCCGAGCAGCCGGGCCUUGUGCAUCGAGGCAAGUUGAUGCGCUGCACCGUCGGGGCCGGCGUGGGCCCUCUUCAAGAGAAGCUUCCUCAACUUGAUGGCAAGCCUUCAAAGGAGGAUAUGAGCAGGACGGUGCCCUGCGAGUGGGCCAGCUUCUUUGCUGUUCGGCGACCGGGCCCCGAGAUCUCUCCUGAACCGUUGCGUGGAGAUCCCUUCAAGAGCCCGGGUGAUCGUGCUGGAGAGGAGAAGUUGGUGGAAGACCUCCUGGAGGUGUGUGAGACCGUUGCCUCUGGUAGCGGGCGGGGCCUCGGGAGGCCCCUUUUGUUCCCAGCACCUCUUCCGGUCGGCCAGGACCUGGGGAGGUGCGCCUACGUCUCCGUACCGGACGAGCAUCGCCCAAGAGGGGCGCCGCUGUGCCGAGCCCUGCAUUUUCUCAUCUUUCGCGCCUUGCAAGGUUGCCGAAGCCCUGCAGGUCGCAGAUCUGAGCUAGCCGACCGACUGGUGGACUGGAUGUCCAGCCACGCUGGCUCUGAGGAGCUUGUACGGGAGGCCACUCCCGCUCUUAACCGUUUGAGGGAGCACGCGUUGGAGGGACCCAGGCCUCGGAUCGGUGAGCUUCGAGUGCAGAGCAGCGAGGGUCCCACUGUGUCAUGUUCGAUCGUGGUGAUUGCCGAGUUCGACGGGGCCUUUUUGGUUGGGGUGCCUCAGACAGCCUGGCAUCGGACUGCAGGGCGUCGCUAUCUUCCCAGGACCGCAUUGUCACGGACGGUGUUGGCCGAAGUUCUCGCUGCAGCCGAGGAGUGCAAGGGCGGGCAUCAAGCUCAAGGUUUGCUGGGGAUGCUUCAGGAGCGCUUGGACCCGUAUGGCCCCUCCCUCUCCGCGAUGGCUUCGGAGCAUUUCGCUUUGACUCCGGCGGAGGAAGUCGUGCAAGGGGGCUUUGCAGGGGAGGAGGAAAACCGACUCACCCGUUUGGAGUCGGGAAUGCAGCGUGUUCAAGAAGGGCUCCGACCUCUUCUGGAUGGAGCUCCCCUCAGUGUCGAAGCUACAGCUCCUUCGGUGGCUGGGGUUGGCGAUCUCUCGGGAGGACGAGCCAGCCCGGCCCAGCGACCCCUUCUCGCGGGACUCGACCCUGCUGUGCUGGAGGCAGGCGAAGACGAAAGCUCGGGCGCGAUUGCCUUUGGUCCGCGACGACCCGCUAGACGAGUCCCAGGACGACGCUGCGGGCCUGGUGGCAGCGGAGAUCGAGUGAGUUUGGCCGUCGUCCAGAUUGGGCAGGUUCCCAAGGCCAUGCAGCGAGAGCGAGAGAAGAAGAACGACCUGGAGGAUCUUCUCGAGAGGGCGGAGGGCAGCAGCGGAGAUGUGCAGCGGCGGGCGCUCGAAGACGGCGGCCUACCUGCCCUGAUGAUGGAAGACUUCGUGGGGGCCCAGACGGGUCCUCAUCAGGACGAGCGGCGUUUGACAGUUCGGGGAUGGCUGGAGCACCGCUCUCACCUCCAGUCCUAUGCAGGACCGAUUCGCCAGGGCUGGACUCUUGCCACCAUCGUCGACCUGAUAAACUCCGGCUGCACCGAGCAAGCGAAGGCAACUGCUCUGCUGGCUAUCGCGGCUCUCGAUCA